AUGAGUGACAUGUCCAGAGAUUUGAGGACUCUGAAACUUAACUAUAUCCUUAUACCUGUUUACAGGGCUAGGUAUAUUUUGCUGUAUGCCAACCACUGUGUUGCCCUCACUCACCUUGCUGGGGGAAACUCUGCUCUUGCUCUGGCGGUCACUGUGGCAUCCAACUUGUUAGGCAUUUUAACUAUUCCAUUUUGGGUAUCAAGAUACAUAGCCGGAGGAGUAGGGGUCUCGUUUCCAACUGACCAACUAUUCAGAAGUCUUAUAGUUACUCUGUUAAUCCCUUUGAUCAUUGGCAAGGUUAUUCGGGAAACAUUCAAAGGUUUCACAAACUUUGUUGACAAUAACCGUAAACUGUUUUCGAGAAUGAACGCAACCUGCCUCAGUUUGGUGCCAUGGAUCCAAGUUAGCAGGUCAAGAUCACUGCUACUAUCCGUUGGAAUGAUUCAUGAUUGAUUCAAUUCUUGUCAACGUACGGCUCCGGAAGAGUAAUGCAUCUUCCACUGAUGUAAAGACAGCUUAUGAAACCAAUGUUGUUUGAAGAUCAUGGAAGAGUUUUGUUUCAGACUUGAGUCCUAUUGUUUUGCAGAUUCAUUUGUAUAAAUUUUCUGAAACGUUGUAAAAUUUAUUUGUAUUGACUAAUCAAAACCGUUUGUGAUUAAAAAUGUUAAUUGUACAAAGCAA